UGGGUUAGAACCUCCGAUCAGCCAGCACCACCUGAGGAUCCCGGAAGCCGCCCCCGCAAUGGAAGAGGACCAGGAGCUGGAGAGAAAAAUAUCUGGAUUGAAGACCUCAGUGGCUGAAGGCGAGAGGAAGACAGCCCUGGAAAUGGUCCAGGCAGCUGGACCAGAUAGACACUGUGUGACAUUUGUAUUGCACGAGGAAGACCAUACCCUAGGAAAUUCUCUUCGUUACAUGAUCAUGAAGAACCCGGAAGUGGAAUUUUGUGGUUACACUACAACCCAUCCUUCAGAGAGCAAAAUUAAUUUACGCAUUCAGACCCGAGGCACUCUUCCAGCCAUUGAUCCAUUUCAGAGAGGCUUGAAUGAGCUCAUGAAUGUCUGCCAGCAUGUGCUCGACAAGUUCGAGGCCAGCAUAAAGGAAUAUAAGGAUCAAAGAGCAAGCAGGCAUGAAUCCACAUUCUAGUGCCUUAUGCACUCUACAGGGAGGACUGUCCUCUAGGAUACUCUCUUUGUGAUCUUGCAAAACCCAGAAGUAGAAGUUUGUAAUGGCAACAUCCUCUGUUCUUCGGAAAGGUGUGCUUUCACCCCAGAUCUGUCAGCCUUUGAACCUAGCUGUGACCCAUUACAGCUGUUGGAAUUCCUGCAAGAAGCUUUGUAUUCAUCAAAUAAAUUCCCUCUUUCACCUAAACUAA